CUUGUAUAUCUCAUGUUCUUCACGCUAACUUCUAAAUUUGGAGGUUAAGCCUUUUCUCCCUUGCGUGCCUUUUAAGCCUUCUUCUUUCCUAUUAACUCCCCUCAUUAAAUUUCUAUAGCCACACCAAAACAAACUCAUUUCUUCAAACACCACAAUACAUGUUCUUUCCUCCUAUUGACUCUCUCACAAAAUCCUAACCCUAUAACCUAAUUAUUCCAUACCCUUCAUCACCACCUUUCAAACACACCAAGUCAUACAAAAUAGUAAUAAUAAUUAAUUCUCAUUAUCAAUGAAUAGCGGAAGUGGUGGUAAUAAUAAUGGUGGUGGUGGUAGUGGCGGUGGACAUACUGGUAGCCCUUGUGGGGCUUGCAAGUUCCUAAGGAGGAAGUGCGUGUCGAGUUGUAUCUUUGCUCCGUACUUUGAUUCAGAGCAAGGUACAGCUCACUUUGCGGCCGUGCACAAGGUGUUUGGGGCAAGUAAUGUGUCGAAACUCCUUCUCAACAUUCCUACUAAUAGGAGGCUUGAUGCGGUCAUCACCAUUUGCUAUGAAGCUCAGUCAAGGCUUAGAGAUCCUGUUUAUGGUUGUGUUGCUCACAUCUUUGCCCUUCAGCAACAGGUGGCGAACUUGCAAGCAGAACUCUCUUACUUGCAUGGCCAUCUUACUCAUAUUGAGGUACCCCACCCAUCACCUCCUCCAACGCCGCAGCCAACAGCACCACCGCUUUUCUCAAUUGCUGACCUACCGGCCACCGCCACGGCCCCCGCCAUACCGGUGACCUAUGACUUGUCAUCACUUUUUGAGCCAAUGGGCCAAUCUUCAUGGGCCAUGCAACAGAGGGGCAUGGACCCACGUCACUACAUGGGUGGUGGUGCUCCAUCAACCACAAUCACUCAGUCUCCUCCAACAGCUCCUUCAAGCUCCAAUUCAUCACCAUUACCAUCUCUAUCACUUUCUAAGUGAUUAAACCUCAAACAUCAUUUUUUUCUUGCUUUAUAAACUAUCAACUAAUAUUUCUCAUCCUUAUUCGGUUAAACUAGCUAUAGACUAGCAAUUAUUAUGAUGGGAUCUUCAA